AUGCUCAUCACGCUGUGCUACCUGUACCUGUGGGCGCGCUGGGGGCGCCGGCCGGCCGCGCUCGUGCGCAUCACGGUGCAGCGGCUGCGCGCCUCGCGCUGCUCCUUCACCUUCUGCGUGGCGGCCGCGCGGCCCCCGGAAGCCCGCGUGUGCCUCAGCCGCGGCGGCCGCGUCUUCUGCGUCGGCGAGAGCCAGAUUGUGAAGUGGUCAGACUGUUGUUUGCCGCUAGCCUGCAGACCUGGGGACCCUCACCAGCUGAUCGCCAAAGCCAGCGUGGAUGACUUCAGCAAGCUGGGGGCGGCGUUCAUGGAAGACAGACUCCAGAUGGCUAAUGGGCUGAUACCCCAAAAGAUUGUUUCGGUGCACCUUCAGGACUCCACUCUGCAGGAGCUUAAGGACCAGGCCACCGAACCAGCCCUCACCCUGCAGCCGGGCCCCGAGUCUGCCGUCCAGGGCGAGCCUGACCCACUGCAGGACUCCACGCUGCAGGAGCUUAAGGACCAGGCCACCGAGCCAGCCCUCAGCCUGCAGCCGGGCCCCGAGUCUGCCGUCCAGGGCGAGCCUGACCCGGGCGCCAUGGAGCACGCUGGCAAAGAUGACCAGAAGGUCCUCGGUGCAGAACCCCCGCCGGGGCGAGGCGGCGCCUCCGGGCACGAGGCCGCCGGGGAGAGCAACCAGGCAGAGUGCUGCACCGAGCUCUGCGGCCUCCACCUGUCCAGCUGCCACGAGUGCCUGGAGCUGGAGAACAGCACCAUCGAGUCCAUCCGGUGCGCCUCUGCCGAGGACAUCCCGGAUCUGCCCUACGAUGCCGGCGGCGGCGGGCAUGGCGUGGCCGAUGCCGGCCGCCCCGAGGGAGAAGCGGGGAGCACCAACCUCACCGGGAAGGCCCCCAACAUCCUCCUCUACGUGGGCUCCGAUGCCCAGGAGGCCCCGGGCCGGCUGCAGCAGGUCCGGUCCGUCCUGGCCGACUGCGUGGACCCCGACGGCUACACGCUGUACCACCUGCCGGAGGAGAGCGCACGCCGGGACCCGUGGCCGGACAACUGCGUGCUGCUGGUGGUCGCCGGCGGGGAGCCGGUCCCUGAGGCCGUGCACCGGCGGUUCCUGGCCUACCUGGCCCAGGGCGGGAAGGUGCUGGGCCUGGCCUCAUCCUUCGUGCCGGCCGGCUGCCAGCUGGCCAGCAGGGCGGCGCUGCAGGGCACGGUGCAGAGCCUGGUCUUCUCCGGGGCCAGCGGGAGCCCGGUGCAGCUCAGCGUCCUGGGCAGCGGCCGCGUGUACGAGCAGGGCCCCGGGGAGCCGCCCCGCCCCGGCCAGCUCCACGGCCGCCUGGACGGCGAGGACCAGGACCUGCUGAUCGUGCACGUGCCCGUGGGAGCGUGCGGCGGGGAGGCCGUGCUCUGCCAGGUGCACCUGGAACUGCCUCCCGGCUCCUCCGUCGUGCAGACCGAGGAAGACUUCAACCUGCUCAAGUCCAGCAACGAGAGGCGGUACGAGGUCCUGAAGGAGAUCCUGCGUGCCCUCGGCCUCCGCUGUGACGUACAGCGCGUUCCCGCCUUAACGCCGCUCCACCUGCUGCCAGCGACCGAGGAGAUCCGGGGCCCUCUCACGCGGUGGCUGGAGAAGUGCAUGGCCGCUGGAGGAGAGAUAAAGUCCAGCAAGCUCUCCCUCAGGCUUGUCCCGACCCACAUGCCCGACAUGGAAGUCACCCCAACCGCCCUCCCCGUGGUGACCGACACGGCGGCCUUCUCCUGCGCGCACUUUGACCUGGAGAUCUACCGGCGAAACCUGCAGACAAAGCAACUGGGGAAAGUGAUCCUGUUUGCCGAAGUGACCUCCUCCACCAUGAACCUCCUGGACGGGUUGAUGUCUGAGACGCCGCAGGAAAUGGGCCUCAUAGCCAUCGCAGUCCGCCAAACACAGGGCAAAGGGCGAGGAGGGAACGCGUGGCUGAGCCCCGUGGGAUGCGCUCUUUCCACGCUGCUGGUCUCCGUCCCGCUGAGGUCCCCGCUGGGACAGAGGAUCCCGUUCGUCCAGCACCUGAUGUCCCUGGCUGUGGUGGAGGCGGUGCGGUCCGCCCCCGGGUACCAGGACAUCAACCUUCGGGUGAAGUGGCCCAACGACAUUUACUACGGCGACCUCAUGAAGCUCGGCGGCGUCCUGGUCAACUCGACGCUCGUGGGAGAAACAUUUUACAUUCUCGUCGGCUGUGGCUUCAAUGUGACUAACAGUAACCCCACCAUAUGCAUCAACGACCUCAUCGCAGAACACAACAGGAAGCACGGGGCGGCCCUGGCGCCUUUAAGAGCUGACUAUCUCAUCGCCAGGACGGUGACGGUGCUGGAGAGCCUGAUGGACACGUUCCAGGACGCGGGGCCCAGCGGGGUCCUCCCUCUUUAUUACAAGUACUGGGUGCACAGUGGCCAGCGGGUCCGCCUGGGGAGCGCCGAGGGGCCGGAGGUGUGGAUCGUCGGCCUGGAUGACUCCGGCUUCCUCCAGGUUUACCAGGAGGGCGGCCAGGUGGUGACUGUGCACCCGGAUGGCAACUCCUUCGACAUGCUCAGGAACCUCAUCGUGCCCAAGCAGCGGUAG